AUGGCUCCCUCGGCCGUGUCUCCGGAGCGUGCGCCGGCGGCUCUAACUACGGCCUUUGACGAUACGCUCCGCUUCUACCUCAACGGCACCCGCGUUGUUCUCGACGACGUCGACCCCGAGAUCACCCUGCUCGAGUACCUGCGCGGCAUUGGCUUGACGGGCACCAAGCUGGGCUGUGGCGAGGGCGGCUGUGGCGCCUGCACCGUCGUCGUCUCACAGUACAACCCAACCACCAAGCAAAUCUACCACGCCAGCGUCAACGCCUGCCUGGCACCUCUGGCCUCCAUCGACGGCAAGCACGUCAUUACCGUCGAGGGCAUCGGCAACGUCAAGAAGCCCCACCCCGCCCAGGAGCGUGUCGCCAAGAGCCAUGGCUCCCAGUGUGGUUUCUGCACUCCGGGCAUCGUCAUGAGUCUGUACGCCCUUCUGCGCAACAAUUCCAACCCCACCGAGCAUGAUGUUGAGGAAGCCUUUGACGGGAACCUGUGCCGCUGCACCGGCUACCGCCCCAUUCUCGAUGCCGCCCAGACCUUCACCAAAACCGCCUGCGGUAACAGCAAGACCAACGGCGGCGGCGGCUGCUGCAUGGAGAAGGGCGACGGCGGCGGCUGCUGCAAGGACGGAAAGCAGGACGGCUACACUGACCAGCCCAUCAAGAGGUUCACCCCACCGGGCUUCAUCGAGUACAACCCAGAAACGGAGCUCAUCUUCCCUCCGGCCCUGAAGAAGUUUGAGCUCAAGCCCCUGGCCUUUGGCAACAAACGGAAGACUUGGUACCGCCCCGUGACACUAGACCAGCUCCUCGAGAUCAAGAACUUCUUCCCCAAUGCCAAGAUCAUUGGCGGCAGCACCGAGACGCAGAUUGAGAUCAAGUUCAAGGCUUUCCAGUACCCCAUCUCCGUCUUUGUCGGCGACAUUGCCGAGCUGAGGCAGUACUCGUUCAAGGAUGACCAUCUCGAGAUCGGCGCCAACAUUACCCUGACAGACCUCGAGAUCCUCUCUCACGACGCCGUCGAGAAGUAUGGAGAAGCUCGAGGACAAAUAUUCAGCGCAGUCCACAAGCAGCUCAAGUACUUUGCAGGCCGGCAAAUCCGAAAUGUUGGCACUCCGGCAGGAAAUCUCGUCACUGCUUCUCCCAUCUCUGACUUGAAUCCUGUCCUCAUGGCUGCCGAUGCUGUUUUAGUAGCAAAGUCGAUAGAAAAGGAGACCGAAAUUCCCAUGGCAAACUUCUUCACGGGCUACCGGCGGACGGCGCUCCCUGCCGAUGCCAUUCUCGCCUCCAUUCGCAUUCCUUAUACGCAGGAAAAGAACGAGUUCUUCCGCGCCUAUAAGCAGGCCAAGAGGAAAGAUGACGAUAUCGCCAUAGUCACAGCGGCUCUAAAAGUCCGCCUGGAUGGUGACGGCGUUGUCGAGGCAGCCAACCUCGUCUACGGAGGCAUGGCGCCCUUCACGGUGGCUGCAAAGAAGACAAACGAAUAUUUGAUAUGCAAGAAGUUCGCCGAGCUCGAGACUCUGGAGGGAGCCAUGAGUUCCCUCGAACAAGACUUCAACCUCCAGUUUGGAGUGCCCGGCGGCAUGGCAUCAUACCGAAAGUCGCUGGCAUUGAGCUUCUUCUAUCGGUUCUACCAUGAAGUCAUGGUAGGCCUUGGCGGGGAGAAGACGGCCGUCGAUGAGGAAGCCGUGUCCGAACUUGAAAGAGAAAUCUCUACUGGAAAAGAGGACAGAGAAGCUUCCGCUGCCUAUAUGCAAGAGACACUUGGAAAAUCGAACCCCCAUGUUGCCGCUCUGAAGCAGGUAACGGGCGAGGCACAGUAUACCGAUGAUAUUCCAUCCCUCAAGAAUGAGCUGUAUGGCUGCAUGGUGCUUUCCACCAAGGCCCACGCCAAGCUCAAGUCGGUCGACUACUCGGCCGCUCUGGAGAUUGCAGGAGUUGUUGACUAUGUCGACAAGAACGACAUGCCAAACCCCCAAGCCAACCGCUGGGGCGCCCCCCACUUCGAGGAGAUGUUCUUCGCCGAGGACACCAUUUAUACCGCAGGGCAGCCCAUCGGAUUGAUCUUGGCCAAAUCGGCAGCGCGCGCUGCCGAAGGGGCCCGGGCCGUCAAGGUCGAGUACGAGGAGCUACCUGCCAUCUUCACCAUGGAGGAAGCCAUUGAGAAGGAGAGCUUCUUCAACUUCUUCAAAGAGAUCAAGAAGGGCGACCCUGAGGAGGGCUUCAAGAAUUGCGACUACACUUUCACAGGUGUGGCCAGGAUCGGCGGACAGGAGCAUUUCUAUCUCGAGACAAACGUCACUCUGGCCGUGCCUAAGCCUGAAGAUGGCGAGAUUGAGAUCUUUUCUAGUACCCAAAACCCUAAUGAAGCUCAAGUAUAUGCUGCUCAAGUCUGCAACGUCCAGGCUAAUAAGGUUGUUGUGCGGGUGAAGCGCAUGGGCGGCGGCUUUGGCGGAAAGGAGUCGCGGUCGGUCCAGCUGAGCAGCAUCCUCGCCCUCGCGGCACAAAAGACGAAGCGGCCUGUUCGGUGCAUGCUGACACGUGAGGAGGACAUGAUCGUCUCCGGGCAACGCCACCCGUUCCUGGGUCGGUGGAAAGUGGGCGUCAAUAAGGACGGCAAGAUCCAAGCGCUCGAUUUGGACGUGUUCAACAAUGGCGGCUGGAGCUGGGAUCUCAGCGCGGCUGUCUGCGAGCGGGCUAUGUCGCACUCGGAUGGCUGCUACCUUAUCCCCAACAUUCACGUCCGCGGACGCAUCUGCAAAACAAACACAAUGUCCAACACAGCCUUCCGUGGAUUUGGCGGCCCUCAGGGCAUGUUCAUCGCCGAGUCGUACAUGUCCGAGGUGGCUGACCGCUUGGGCAUACCUGUCGAGAAGUUCCGCGAGAUCAACUUUUAUCAGCCCGAGGAGCAGACACACUUCAACCAGCCAUUGACUGACUGGCAUGUGCCGCUCAUGUACAAGCAGGUUAUAGAGGAGGCCGACUACGAGGCACGGCGGGAUGCAGUAACAAAAUUUAAUGCCGAGCACAAGUGGCGCAAGCGCGGCCUCGCCUUGAUCCCGACCAAGUUCGGAAUCUCCUUCACGGCGCUCUGGUUUAACCAAGCCGGCGCGCUGGUCCACAUCUAUCACGACGGCUCCAUCCUCGUCGCACACGGCGGUACUGAAAUGGGCCAGGGUCUACACACCAAGAUAACUAUGAUCGCGGCCCAGGCAUUGGGCGUACCCUUGGACGACGUCUUCAUCUCGGAAACAGCCACCAACACGGUAGCCAAUGCGUCAGCCACUGCGGCGUCGGCCUCGUCGGACCUCAACGGCUAUGCUGUGUACAAUGCCUGCGCUCAGCUAAACGAGCGCCUCGCACCAUACCGCGAGAAGCUCGGCCCAGAAGCCACCAUGAAGCAGCUAGCACACGCUGCCUACUUUGACCGCGUCAACUUGUCAGCCCAAGGCUUCUACAAGACGCCCGAGAUUGGCUACACGUGGGGUGCCAACACGGGCAAAAUGUUCUUUUACUUUACCCAAGGUGUCACGGCUUCCGAAGUCGAGAUCGACACGCUCACAGGAACCUGGACGUGCUUGCGCGCCGACAUCAAGAUGGACGUCGGCCGCUCCAUCAACCCGGCUAUCGACUACGGCCAGAUUGAAGGCGCGUUUGUACAGGGCCUUGGCCUGUUUACUAUGGAGGAGUCGCUUUGGCUGCGCAACGGGCCCCUCGCCGGCAACCUGUUCACUCGCGGCCCCGGCAACUACAAGAUCCCCGGCUUCCGCGACAUUCCCCAAGUCUUCAAUGUCUCUCUGCUCAAGGACGUCGAGUGGAAGGACCUGCGCACCAUCCAGCGCAGUCGCGGUGUCGGUGAGCCCCCGCUCUUCAUGGGUAGCGCCGUCUUCUUCGCCAUCCGUGACGCCCUCAAGGCCGCCCGCGCCCAGUACGGCGUUGCCGCCACCGUCGCCAUCGAUGACGCCGCCGACGGUCUGCUUCGCCUUGAGAGCCCUGCCACACCCGAAAGGAUCAGGCUCUCCUGCGUCGAUCCUAUCAUGGAGCGCGCGCGUGUCGUUCCCAAGGAGGGCGAGAAGAACUUCUUUAUUGCCAUUUAA